AUGUUUUAUUCGCGCACUCCGAAAACCAAUGGCUUCAUAUGGGACCAGAUAUACUCUCAUCUCCGCCAGAUGCAUGCCGAAUUUAGAAGUUAUGACAAACAGAGCUUACUACAUGCUAUACAAACAGCUAUCAUCUACGGCUUGCUGCGAUCACAGUGCACCGAGUCGGUCGGGAGUGAAGAUUCUGGAUGGUUGGUCUUGAGUGUGGAGGCAAUGGCCCGAAGAUUAUUCAGCAUGUCUUCGUGGGCUAUAGACAUAGAAUACAUACAAUCCUCACGGAGUGGCUGGGUUUUUGCAGAAAGCAUGAGAAGAACCGGAUUGCUGUUAUACCUGGUCGACCUAUUACUUCACAACAAUGCCGAAAGCCCUUCGAAAGGGAAAUGCCCAGAGUUUAUCAACUUUCCCUUGCCUUGCACACGAGAGCUAUGGCAGCCUAUAUCGGAUAGAGAAUGGAAAAAGCGAUAUAAUGAAGAGAUAAGCUCCAAGAUUGAGAAGGGAAGAGGAAGUUUAACUAUGGGCAACCUAUUUUUACUUAGACGGUCUUUAUCGCGUGGCGACGACAUAAAAGGGACUGGAAAAGAUGAGCUUGCAAAAGAGCUGUCUGAAUGGGUUGAGAGAGUGGACGAUUUAUCUAUGCUUUUGUGGAUGGCGCUCACGGUGGAGGGCGAAGGUCAGGCUCAGAUGAUCCAAGGAAAUUUGGUCAUGGCAUAA